UCCCUCAACAUGGCCAUCUUUGCUUCGGUGUGCCUGGCCUCCCGCCUGCCUCGCUCCCUCCACGCCUUCGUCAUGGUCACCUUUGCCAUGCAGAUCUUCGCCCUCUGGCCCAUGCUGCAGAAGAAGCUGAAGGCCCAGACACCCCGAUGCUACGUGGGGGUGACAGUGCUCUUUGCGCUGGCAGCGCUGGCGGGGCUGGCCACCGUUUCCAGCGUGGGCGCCGUGCUCUUUGCCUCGCUGCUGCUCGCCAUCUCCUGCCUCUGCCCUUACUGCCUCAUCCGCCUUCAGCUGCUCAAGGACAACAUCCACGGGCCCUGGGAUGAAGCUGAAAUCAAGGAGGACCUCUCCAGGUUCCUCAUGUAGGCCUGGCCCAGGAGGAGAGGGGACCUCCAGCUGUGAGCAGCACAAAGGUCCUGGCUGGGGAACAGCCCUUGGGGGGAGGACACCAGCCCAAUAAAGCCUCUUGC